GUGAAGAAGGCCAUGAUCCAACAAAAGAAAAAGCUCCAGGUUACAAAAUGGGAAUCAGGCUUCGGAGAGGGGAGACGAAAAUCGGUCCUGGUCCUGCAGCUUACGACGUGAGCCGCAUGACCAACAUGGGAAAAGACAUCUGUAAAGCUCCGAAAAUUGGGAAAGCUGAUCGCUUCCGUCAGCAAUUAGGGAUGGUUUCACCAGGACCUGCAGUGUAUAGUAGAUAUCUUGGCGACAGAAGUGUCUAUCCAAGAGCUCCCGCUUUCUCAGUCCCUCAUGCAAAAAGAGGGCAAAUUCAAACUGCUAUCGGACCAGGUUGA